CAUCCAUGGGGCUAAAGUCAAAGGUUGAAUUUUUACUUGCCGACGAAAAGGAGACGAAAACUGGGUUGGAAGCUAAUUGAGGAGGAAUAUAGUGGGUGUGUUUAUUUAUGUUGUAGAUGCAUGGUCCAUGGAUCGAAUAACCUCAGUUGCCUCAUGAGUUGUAUAUUUCCACACAACUUGAUUACAUUCUGAUUGACACACCAUUGUCCCAGAAGACAAAAUGGUUUUCACCAAGAUAGCCAUCAAGGAGUCCGACAUUGUCAAACUUGUACUGGACUUCCUGAGCUCCAGAGAGCUGUUGAUGUCCAUGAGGACCGUGGAGAAAGAAAGUGGCAUUGUGAAUGGACUCUUCUCAGAUGAUGUAUUGUUCUUGCGACAUCUCAUUCUAGAUGGACAGUGGGACGAUGUCCUGGAGUUUAUUCAGCCGCUUGAAGGAAUCCCAAGUUUUGAAGAGAAAGUCUUCCGUUACAAGAUACUAAAGCAUAAAUACUUAGAAAUGCUGUGCAUGCAAAGUGAGGAUUUUCAGAAUCAAAUGGAGCUGUCAGCCGAGGAAGUUGCUAGUUGUCUGAAAGAGCUGGAACCCUACUGCCCUACAAAAGAAGACUAUAAUAAACUCUGUCUUCUCCUGACAAUACCACGACUAGCUGAUCAUGUUGAUUUUAAGAACUGGAGUCCAAGCAUUGCACGGAUGCAGUGUUUCAAUGAUGUUUGUCCACUGGUCAGUAAGUUUCUGCCAGUUGAUAAACACUUAACGGAGAAUGACUUUAAGUGUACUUCUGACCGUUUGGUCCAACUUCUGAUGAAAGGACUUUUGUUUGAAUCAUGUGUGGAAUUCUGCCAACAGAAAGCAACAUCAAGAAAUGCCAAGGGCAUAUCACAUACAUUGGAAAAUCUUUUGAAUGGAACCAGCUGUGAUGAUGCAGACCUCAGUCUGCUGUCCUGGCUUCAAAGUAUACCGAAGGACACAUUCGGAUGUCCCUUUGAACAACGCAGUUUAGAAAUUGACUGUGACAAACUAUUAAAACCCAAAACCUCCUGGUCAGAACAAAUUCUUACACCAAUGACUCCCACCCCAAUCAGAAGAGGCUCAUCUCCUUCUCCAUCUACACCUACUUUGUACCGUGGUAGGCCAUGGUCUGCAGGCCCACAGAGGCUUUCACAGUCUCUCACCCCAUCUAUGGAGGCUUUGAUGUCACAAGGACGUCGUGAGGAGGACUUGCGCGGUGGCUUAAAUGGCAAUCCAUUGUCUCACUCUUUCAGUAACUUUCACGUAAGUGGCGGCAGUGCAAGCAAACCAACACCACUCCCGAAGGUGACUGAAAGUGUUGAGAGAAGUCCACCAUCAAAUGAUGCUGCAAGGCUUAGCAACAGGGCAUCCCCGAUAUUGAGGCAUACCCCCCAGCCAAUUGUAGGUGAUCCUGUUGCAAAUUCCAUGCAGACCAUGUACCAGGAGCACCAGAUGCAGCGAAAGCAGUUACAGCAGCAAAUGGAAGCACAAGAGAGACGACGAGAUGCCCUGCAACGGGAGCUUAUGGAAAAUAGCAGUGCCAUCACCUCAGCUUCUGUGGUGGAGGGACCAACACAUGGAGCCUCAACACCUUACCAACAUCAAGCAAUAGAGGGUCGGACAUCAACUGGUGGAGUUACUGCAAACAACAGGAUAAACAAAAAUAUGACGCCAACACCAAAUCUGGAUGCACUGCUUUCCCCUCCACCUCCAACAAUGUUUUCUGUUACCCCACUCGGUCUGAACUCUAGUACCCCAAAAUGUAAUAGGGUAGACAAGAAUACAACCCCAGAACCUGAUGCAUCCCCAGUGUUACCCACUGCAUUGUCAUCUGGUUCUAAUCUCAAGCUUGGCCAUCCUUACAAUACACUGCCACCGAUGCAAAGCCUGGACACUUCGGCCGGGGAAAUCAUUGGGAAAGGUGGGAAUAUGGUGAACAUCACCUACAUAAGCCAGGGAAAAGAAACCCCACAAUUGGGCAAUGUUUCUCAACAUGCUCAAAAUGCUUGUCAGGAUUUAUCAUUCUGUACCAGCGGGAGUACCAAACAAUAAGUCGGAGUACAUCCCCCUGACGACUUUAGAAGAUGUGCAGGCCAUCAGAGCUAUAGCGUUCAAUACCACGGGCUCAAUGUAUGCAGUAGGAUCCAACUCAAAGACUCUACGAGUAUGUGCAUAUCCAACUAACAUUGACAUUACACCACAGCCACCAAAGCAACCGGAAGUGUUGUUCAAGCGGAACCGGCAUCACAAGGGCUCCAUCUAUUGUGUCACAUGGAAUCAUACUGAUGAUGUCAUCGCUACUGGCUCUAAUGACAAACUUAUCAAGCUGCUCAGAUUUAAUGCUGAGAAAUGCAAUGCAGAAGGCCCAGAUACUGAAUUAUCAAUGCAUGAUGGAACUGUGCGUGAUCUAACAUUCCAGCAAAACAGUCCACAUGGAACUGUGUUGCUGAGUGGGGGCGCUGGUAACUGCAGUAUCUAUGUUACUGAGUGUAACAAGGGAAGGUCACUCCAUUCACUUAGCGGCCACACAGGUCAUGUUCUUUCUUUGUAUGGUUGGGCAGGCCAUUUGUUGGCAUCUGGCUCCGAGGACAAGACCGUCAGGUUCUGGGAUCUAAGGUCGCCAAAGUGCAUCAACAUCGUUGGAAGUCCAGGAUCAGACAAAGGCCAAGGUAGUGCUGUUGCGUCAGUGUGUGUUGACCCGUCAGGCCGUUUGUUGGCAUCGGGCCAGGAGAAUGCCACUACGAUGCUGUAUGAUAUACGGGGUGCUCGUGUACUGCAGACGUAUCAGGCACAUAGUGAUCAGAUCCGUACCGUUAGAUUCUCACCGAGUGCAUACUACCUCCUUAGUGGUUCCUAUGAUAGUAACGUUGUUCUCUGUGAUCUACAAGGUGACCUAACAAAACCUCUGCCAAGUGCAGUAGCUGCAAGGCAUCAGGACAAAAUCAUUCAGUGUCGAUGGCACCCGCACCACUUCACGUUCUUAACAUCCAGCGCCGAUCGCACUGCCACGCUCUGGAACCACUGCAAGCCAUAGUGUGUACUACACUCCUUGUCGAUUGGCCAACUCUUUCUGAAUCAAAAAAUCACCUUCCAUAGACACAAUCUGAUGGGACCAUGGUAUUGUAACCCGUCUACAAACGAAUAUAUCUUAUGGAAUCCCUAACAAGUACAUUCUGAUUGGACAAUAUUGUCAUUACUGAUCCCUGAACAAGUAUAUUGGUUAAGGAUCACAAUGUCAACCGAUCUGUGCCGAAUAUUCUCACUCUUGGGAUAUCAUGCGAUGUUUAGAAGUAGUAUCAAGCUAAUCAUGUUCAAACACCAUGUUAUUGGUUAAGCCUGCUGCACAUGAGGGACCUAAUUGGGAUCAAAACUAUGUUUUACUGCUUAAGCCCUCUAUGGAUGAAGAAAUUUAGCUCAGUAUCAGCCUUGCAUACAAAUAAUUUAGCUAAACUAGUUUUUAUCUUUUAAAGCAGUGAGCAGAAUACCUACCACAUUUGAUGUGUGCACAUUCUUCAGGAAAAUGUUCAAAGCAUUGAAUUGACCAAGUAAAGUGCACAUUGUUAGCAAGUAUGAUGUACACAAUUUCAAGUAUGAAGUAUUAGCAAGUUUCUACUUACUGCGAUGUAAAUAUGUAUAUAUUGAAAAAAAAACCUUCCACAUUUGAAAAUACGACCUUAUAAAGGCAGGUAGCUAAGAUGGUAUUACGAUGACAAAUGUGCAAGGCAAGAAGCUGAGCUUUUGAUAAUAGAUGUACAAAUCAGACAGCUGAGGUAAAUUUCCUUAUUCAUAGUGGAAGUCAUACACUAGUAAAUGUAAUUAAUGUAAACAAUUGCAUUACAUUCUAAUAGUCAGCAAACGGCUUAUAAAUGACGAUGCCCAGCCAGCCAAUCGAGUCAGGAUGUUACAUUUUAAGCAGAAUGAUUAUGAUGGCAUCUAUUGAGUUGAAGAUAUAAACUUUGAUUUUAAUAUAGUCACAUGUAACAGUAACUUUAACAAUUUCUUAGUGUGUGUCUUGUUUAUAAAAUUAAAUAAUCAUAUAGCGAAAUAUGAAUAAUUUCGAAAUGGGUUACUACUAGGGAAUUUUAAGGCAGCUUUGUCUUGCACAACAGUUUCUCAGAGGGGCAUAUAGAGUUAAAGGUGGCAUGCUGCAUCAUAUCAAUUGUUCAAAGCUAAGGAAACCAAAAAUUCUGACAGCAAGCGGUGAGAAUUGCUUUAUUGAUUGUAUAACUGGGUAAUUACCAAAGAACUGUGAGGGCAGGCUUUGCUAGGCUUCACAUACAAUAUGUGACUGUGAGGGCAGGCUUUGCUAGGCUUCACAUACAAUAUGCGAGUGGGUUUUUUGUUCAGGGUUCAAUUAUAAUAUUCUUCUGAUGCAAUUUUUUUAUUGUGUAUUGUUCAAGAUGCAUUUCUUUUUGGAAUUUUUUUUAUAUAUUGGAUUAUAUUUGUGUGCAUCAAUUUGAUUUUUUCAAUUUUCGUAGAGUGUAGUUUUUGAAGAUUUAUCAGAAUAGAGUUUUUAUAAAUCUUGUCUUUCAGAAUUGCAUGGAAAGCAAAAUAUUAGUAUUUUCUUUGUGGUACAUUUCUAAACUUGCCUUUGUGUAUUACAUUGAAGAGCAGAAAAUGGUAUAUCAGGCAAUAGGCCAUUCCUUCUACAAGCAAAUAUGCUUUGAGGGCUAAUUUUCAACAAGACAUAGUUGUGCAAUAUUAUGAGAAAUAUUCUCUUGUAAAGUUGUCUGUAAAUAUGUGUUUUAUGUUUUAUAGUAUUGAAAUAGCUAUAGAGAAGUAUUUCAGAUUGUUUAUAAGAUAUUUAUUUAUAGCUAUAGGUUUCAAUAAUUUUGUCGUGCUUAAUUGAGUAGCUGAGCUGGUGUUUUUUUCCAUCAAAAAUUAUUACAGUACAUAAAUAAAGCUUAGCCGAUUUAUAAUUUUAUUAUAGUGAUAAUAUGAAAAGUACAAACAGUGGAGGAUCCAGGAGUUAUUUUUGCGUAGACUAGCUUGUACAGUAACUUUUCUUCCCCUCGUCUGUCUGCAACAGUGUUAAACUAACAUCAUAGUAACCCUAUAAAAAUGUAAUAUCAGAUUUAAGACCUGAACCACCCAGAGAACACUCAAAAACUAGUGUGCUAAUAUGAGAAUCAUAAUAACUAUCAUUUGCUUUCUAUAUUUAUUUUUGUGACAAUUAUGAAUUUUUGUUGGCUUAAGCCAAUUUAUGUCCCUUGCGUUUCACAAUGUUUAUACUGAUAAUAAUGCUAGCAAUAGUUUUGUGAACAAAUUUAGGUUUUACAAGUGCUGUAACCUGUCCUUCAAUAAUUGCCUGUUAGUGCUUGCUUCCUUCAUAUUACCCCACCAACUCAGCUUCUGGUAAAGAAAUUAUUAUAGGCAAUACAUAUUUGUGCAGAAAAUGCACAGUUUUUAUAACAAAUUUGUAGAGAAUUCAUGAAUGACAAAGUGAGAAAGAAGAAAAUGAUCAAAAUGACAAAAAUAGUACUUAAAACCUUUUGGUUUAUAUAUGAUAAUAAUGUUUGAUGAAUCUAUCAGUAUAAGUUUAACGAGUGAACAUUGCCAAGAAAGAAUAUGUUGGCUGUUUUUUCAGAGCAGAAGGUCAUUUAUUAUUUUGAAUUUAAACAUUAUAGAAUACCACAGUCAUGUCGUCACAACACCACAUAGCACCCCCUGUUGCCAACCAGAUGUUGGUUACCGUUCAUUACGCCUGAAUAGGCUUUCUGGAAUAGG